AUGGCAGCUGGAUUUGUGAGUCCGAAUAAUAGUAUUGCACAAUAUUUUAUUCAAAUCCGACAAGGAAUCUACGAAGAAUAUGUCCAAAUUGACUCAUGGAAAAUGAACAUUGUUUUCAUCGGAGAAGGAAUGGACAAAACAAUAAUAUCAGGAAAUAAGAGUUAUGGAGGUGGAAUAGGGACGUACGACACUGCUACUGUGGGGGUGGAUGGAAAAGGCUUCAUGACACAAGAUAUUGCUUUUCGGAACACAGCUGGAGCUGCUAACUUUCAAGCGGUAGCUUUAAGGGCAUCUGCCGAGUUCACUGCCUUCUAUAGGUGUCAAUUUGAUGGUUUUCAAGACACCAUAUAUACACACUAUGGCAAACAGUUCUACAGAGAAUGUAUAAUUUUGGGCACCAUCGACUUCAUUUGUGGUGAUGCAACUGCGAUAUUUCAAAGUUGUUUAAUUGAAGUACGUAAGCCACUGAAAGGUCAAUACAUCGCCAUCACAGCACAACAAAGAAGUGACAAUGGAGCAACCGGACUCGUAUUGCAAAAUUGCACAUUGAGAUUAGCAACUCCAGAUGCGGGGGACAAUGUAGCUAUGUACUUAGGUUGGCCAUGGGGAAAUUUUUCACGUACCGUAAUUAUGCAAAGUUACAUAGAUAUGUUGAUAAAUCCAAGAGGGUGGAUAGAAUUUGAAGGAAAGUCCAUAGUCCAGCCAUACUAUUUGGAAUAUCAGAAUAAAGGAGUUGUUGCAGAUACAAAGAGGCGUGUAAAGUGGGCAUCAACUACUAAUGAUCCUCGAAUCGUAUCAAAUUUCACAGUCAGAAAUUUCAUAAACGGUGACAAAUGGAUUCCCUCCACAAUCCCUCAUCACUUAGAUCUCCUGUAG